AUGUUUCUAUUAAUUACAUGCAUGUCUUUACAACACAUGACAGUGUUGAUGCUGGGACCAUUGAAUUGGCAUUGGAUCCAAGGAUUAACCGAACUGGGGAUAUAUGGCACAUAUGUGUUGAGGAUCUGCCUCGUAGUGGAGUACAGUAUGGCUAUUGCAUUGAUGGUCCUCGGAGUUGGAAUAAGGGACAUCGAUUUGACAGCAGAAAUGUUCUAAUAGAUCCCUAUGCAAAGCUAAUUGAAGGUUGUCGACUUUUUGGAGAUGUCAGCAAUAGGAUGUGCACAUUUUAUGGAACUUAUGAUUUUGAUAGUUUGCCUUUUGACUGGGGUGACAACUACAAGCUUCCAAAUAUUCUUGAGAAAGAUCUUGUAAUAUACGAGAUGAAUGUCCGUGCUUUUACAACCGGUGAAUCAAGUGGCCUGGAUCCAGACAUAAGAGGGAGCUACCUUGGUGUGAUUGAAAAGAUUCCACAUCUUUUAGAGCUUGGUAUCAACGCAGUUGAGUUACUGCCUAUUUUUGAGUUUGAUGAAUUGGAAUUUCAAAGGAGGCCAAAUCCACGAGACCAUAUGAUAAACACAUGGGGUUAUUCAACAAUGAAUUUCUUUGCUCCUAUGAGUCGCUAUGCAAGUGCUGGUGGGGGACCCGUUAAUGCUUCUAGGGAGUUCAAAGAAAUGGUCAAGGUUUUGCAUGAUGCGGGAAUAGAGGUCAUCUUAGAUGUUGUCUACAACCAUACAAAUGAAGCUGGUGAUGAGAAUCCAUACACAACAUCAUUUCGCGGCAUUGACAACAAGGUAUUUGAAAGCAAUCCGUACUCUACCGAUGAAAUUGAUGAGAUUCGAGACUAUUGGGCAAAGUACUUCUUGGAAGAGUGCAUGUAAUUAAAUUGUUUUUUUUUUUGCUAGUUGGUU